AUCAAUAAUACAGUGAAUUUAAACAAAGUGAAACAAUUAUGGAAUGACAAUGUUAACAAAUGUUACAUAAUUUAUUAUAUUAUAUUUAUUAUAUUAUAUCAUACAAAAUAUUUAGUUGACUGUUAAAUAUGAGUCGCUUGUGCUGGGCUGGGAAAAGUCAAACUGGAAGAAAAAGGCAAAAUCCAUAAUACCUUGUCCUUGAAUGGAUCGUUGAGUGCCACAUAAACCUGGAUGUGACUACACAAUAAUCAAUGCGACCAUAAUCAACUGAUCUCAUGGACAUAAACAAAAAAUGUGCUCUGCUCGGUGACGAAGAGCCUGCCGGUGUCACCUUUUGACGUAAAGACGUCAGAGGUUAGAGGUUGCCUUUCAAUAAAAGGCGCCCGAAUCCACAGGAGCAUCAGAGGACCAGCAGCAGAAGAGGCGGGAAUAUUACCAGUGUUUUCACUCUCCAAAGACCAACUGAUACUCAGGAUGCACAGGUGUGUCGGUGGAGUUUGUGUGUCUCUCAUUGUGUGCGCGUUUCUGACAGAAACACUCGGGAUGGUGAUCGCGGCAAAAGAGAAGAGAGGAUGGACCCUGAACAGUGCUGGUUACCUCCUCGGUCCUCAUGCCAUUGAUAGUCACAGGAGCCUCAGCGACAAACACGGACUGGCAGGAAAGAGAGAAAUGCCUUUAGAUGAGGAUUUCAAGACAGGAGCUCUGAGGAUAGCAGAUGAGGAUGUCGUCCAUACCAUCAUUGACUUUCUUUCGUAUCUCAAAUUAAAAGAAAUUGGGGCUCUGGACAGCCUGCCGUCCUCUCUCACAUCAGAAGAGAUCAGUCAACCCUAAAUUUGACCGAAGUGAGCACUCGCACACCCUGACCUCCUCCACUGUGUCACGCUGAACUCUUUCUCUCUCAGAGGCUGUUCAUUCACACUCAUAACACGCUAAACCUUCAAUAUGGCCACGUAUUCACAAUCACUCGACGGCUGAUGUGGAGAUGGAUUCAAAAAUAAAACUCAUAAAUGGCAUUCCACUCA